AUGGUGAAUGUUUAUAGAGUGAGAAAAGAGUUCCAAUCUAACAAGUGCAGGCGCACAACGGUGGCUGCCGGCGCUGGUAUCAAGAUAUUCAAUUCAAGCUCUCUGGAUGGCGAGAUAAACACCUGCAAUGUUAACGUCGAUUGGUCUAAAGACAUUUGGUCUGAAAAUGGAGCUGUGAGCGCUGUGAGCCCUCAAGUUCUGGACUGUGCCUACGGAGACCGUUGUGAAGGAGGAUCAGAAAUUGAUGCUUAUGUCUACAUAAUGAAGAAUAUGGGCUUGGCCAGCGAAAAAGGUUAUCCGUAUACAGAGAAGAAUGGAACCUGUGAUGAGAACCGAGAAGAUGACUUUGUUGAAGAUAGCAGCAUCGAUGGCCUCGUGGUGGUACGUCCACAAACGGAAAAUGAGCUCAGGCGAGCCCUCUGCCGGCGACCAGUGACUGCCGAAAUUGCUGCAAACAGCUUGGAGUUUGAACAAUAUGACGGCGGAAUCUUCAAUGGACCUUGUGGCCAAGAUAUUGACCACACUGUGUUAGUCGUGGGAUUUGGAAGCGAUGAAAACGGUGUUGAGUACUGGAAAAUACAGAAUUUCUGGGGAGAGAGUUGGGGGGAACAAGGGUACAUGAGAUUGGCCUUAGAGGCGGGAGGAAAGUGUCAAAUUGCCAUGGAAGCUUCUUUUCCUUUGGUGGAAUAA